UCAACCAUCCACCAUCAAUCUCCCUCUUCUUCUUCUUCUUCUCUCGAACCAUUACUUUUCACAGUGACGUAUGUGAUUCGAGCACCGGCCUGCAUCAAACGAGGAAGGAGGCCCUGCCAAGCAAGCGAUCAUGGCGAAUGUGCAGCUCCACCGAACCGUCAAUGCUGAGACGUACACCACCUCGACUGCGAUCGACCAGAAGCAAAGUCUCGACCUUGUCCAGACAAUGCUCCAUGGCGGACUCAGCUCAGUCACCUUUCUGCGCCACCUCUUUCCUGUGAACGCAUACCGAGAGCAAUGGUACGGGAUGGGUGAUCAAAUCCACCCGUAUCAAGACUACGCAGCCGGCAAAUUAGCCGAACACACGUCCACAAAGGAGCCGAAGACCAAGAUGCAAGUAUUGAUACGCGGGCGAAGCAAAAGAGUCAACAAACUACUGGAAUGGCUUGAAAACGGUCCAUUCGUCGCCUUGAAGGACGGAACGCUGCGAGCCCUCCAGAUAUACGUCCACGCCGAACCCAACAAUCGAAGCAAAGUCAUCGAAACUUAUACCUUCACCAUCAAGUACGGUCCGCAGGGCGGAUCUGAGCAGAUGUUUGCCGGCAUCGAAUUAGGUUCCCAUGCCAGCUCAAUCUUGAAUGUCGAGAUCAGCAAUCUUGCUCUGCAAGAAUUCUUCCGCAAGGUAUCUCAGUUGUGCGAGCCACUUCCAAUACUCCCAGCCAAGCGAUUUGUGACCAUGGAGAUGUUCUACGCUCACGACGGGGACGAACUCUACGCGCGAAAUGGGUGGAUUCCGGGCACUUCAACAAACCUGUACUUUCCCGAAUCCUCCGGCUGGAGUAAACUGAAUAGAGAGCUCACGGAGGUCGAUUCGCGAUUUCACUGUACCAACCUCACCAUCUCCCACCUGCAGAUAGACGAUGGAGCUCCAAAAGGGAAGCUAUCUGAAUUUCCCAGUGUCAUUCGAUACGGAAAGCCAGUCUCCAAGUACGAUGCCAUCAGUCUCUUUCCAAACACCUACCGGAGAGUUCCAAACUCAAGGGGUGAGUCUCGCGACAAAGAGGGCGGCAGAGCGUCGACGACUCCGUCAACGAUAGUGGAUGCCGACAUGAACAAGGAGACAAUCAUGCCCUCACCACAGACUCAUGGCAGAUCAAAGGCUGCACCGUCGCUCACACCGUUUGCUGAUAUCCCACCCUCAACCCGCCAUCGAAACAAUCUGAGCACCUCUGUCCAACAACGCAAAUCUUCACGCUUAGCAAGCUCACUAUUUGCAGCAGUCUCGCAAGGAGAAACCGCCGUGGACACUCAGUCAAGCAACGUGCAAUUCAUGGCAGCAGAUCUUGUGUCGAUGAUGCAACCAGAGUCAUGGACGCAGGGCGAUACUCAAUCUCAGAAACCAACAGGCGCUCCAUCAGACUCCCGUCCCGUGAUACCCACCCCGCUCGCCUCCAAGAAUGCACUGCUGGGGCCUGCUGUGGCCGGUGAUGGAGAGCAUCACCAACGGCCUUCAUUGUCGCAGGAGAUGUUCGAGCGGUUGCAGAGCGAGAGUCAAAGGCUUCGUUCAGAAGCCCACCGACUCGCAAGAUCAACACCCAACGGAGAAGGCGGCGAAGAUCGCAUUCUGUGUCAGUGCGGCAGCACCAAAGAAGAUGGCGAGAUGGUUGUAUGCACGUUCUGCGACACAUGGCAACAUCUAGAGUGUUAUGGCUACACGGGGAAAGACGAUCCACGACUGCCUGAAUACCACACCUGCUACCAAUGUCUUCUGGGUGGCAGGGAGGAAGAAACUUUGAAGACGCUUCACGGACUUGCACAACAACGUCGAGGUAUGCAACUGUCCCGCAUGAAUGGCCUCACAAGUCAACAGCAGCUCGCCUCGGACAUGGGUCUCAGCAUCUCUGCUGCCGCUCCCAUCUACGAGCAUCUGAAACACGAGGGGUAUGUCAUCCCCGCAAAGCGCUCUGGGAGAGCGAAAUCGUCGGCUUCUGGGAAAGUAAGACUGGUGCCUGUCACGAGCGGGAGAGAUUACGACAUGAUGCAGAAGAACCUGUUCGAUCCUAUGUUGCACAUUCGCCAUCUUUUCCCUAGACUUGCAGAGCCGACGGCGCCGGAAGAUCAGUCGCACAUCCCACCUCCAGCAUCUCAAGCCAACCACAUGCCCCCUCCAGCGACCCCGGCAUCGCGACUCAAGCCGCGCAACAUCGUGCAAACGCCGGGCUCCGGACUGGACCUCCGCGCCUCCAUGACUCCCUUCAAGACCCCCAGUCGGUGGACCGAUGCUUUGAGGAAGCGUCCAAUCGAGGAAGAGUCCCCUCGGACAUCAAAGCGCCUUCGCGCGGUGCAGUCGGGCGUGCAACGAUUGAGGAGUGUGCAAACCGAGGCUUUCCUCGAUGCUGGCUCUGCGCCUUCCAGUCCAGCCAAGCCUCUUUAAUACGGCCAUGUCGACUUUUUCUGUUCCUCGCUUUGCUGAAGACACUCACGACCUGCAACAACGUGCAGCUACUGUGGAAUUUGCUGACAAUCUAUGUCGCCGCGGCAAGGCCGCUGCGAGGAAAUCAACCGUCAACGUCGGCGAUUUCUUCCUGGAGGACUAUCUUAACCUUGCCUCUUCUGUUCGACUGUACAUGUUAUCAGACAUUCUCAUAUACUUUAGCGGAGGGGUGUGUCUCGAAGGGUGUAUUAUAGAAUCAUUCUCCGGCAAUGCAUGAGCAUUUAUUCAAUGUCUCUUUACCCGUACUGUAAUGGCUGAUCGUCAUAUCGCCGCCCAAAUCGGACUUUGCUUUUCCCUAAAAUUCUUAAAUCCGAUGUGACGUCCGUCUCGUGAC